AUGGAAAAUAUAAUCUAAUAGCAUGAAGAUAUUUGUUACGACUAUGACUCCUGCUUCUGUAGUUAGCAAAUAUAGUAAAACAGUACUACUAUAAUUACAGAUUUCUUAGACUUUAAAAGAAGAAAGCAGUAUAUUAACAGCUAUGAGAUUAAUAAUAAUAAUAUUCUACUUAUAGAACUACAAAGAUAUAACAUAAUCCUAGUAAAAUAAAGAAUGGGUAUAUAUGUAAGAGCUUAAGUAAAUGCAAUUAUAGAGUAAGCUAAUCAAUAAUAUCUUAACUAUUCAAGUAUUUCUUUGAAUGUUGUUAAUAACUUAGACACAAUUAAAGACCUUAAGUCAAUUAUUUAAUACGAUGAGUACCUAGUAAAUGUAGAAACAAAAUUUUAGGAAUGCAUCAGCCACAAAAGAAAGCUAUUAGAAUAAAUAUCUUCUCAUCAUAUCAAUUUAAAUUACUUAAAAAAGGAUUUACAGAAUUUAUAUUAUGUAAGAAAUUAGUUGGAGAAGUAACUAUUUAUGCUUUCUUCUCUUUAAAUACAGAGCACUUAUCUCAAACAACUUUGUAAUGCAUACAACAUAUCCUUUAAAUUUGAUGAAAGAUUUAGCUAAAAUUUGAAAAAAUUAAAUAUUUAGAGGAACAGAAAUUUAUAAUUUUUAAUCGAGGAAGGGUGCGGAUUUUUUGUGUCUCUCUCUGGUAUUAGUUUAGGUAAUAUUACUAAAACGACAAGAAAUUUUAGUGAAAUAACCAACACUUUAUCUAAUGGCAUCGGAAAAAAUAUUGAUUUUUUAAUCCCUAAGCAGUUAUAAAAAAGCCAUGAAAAGCUAUUAAAAAAUUUCCUUUAUAGAGACGGAGUUGAUAAUAGCACAUUUAAUAAACCCCUUUUGCUAGGCUGUGAUGAAAAAGGAUGGGCUUUUCCAUUUGAGUUAAAAUAUCAGCUAACUCUAAUAGAUAAUUCUCAAAUCGGUUUAGCUUGUCAUUUAAAAAAACACCCAGAUGAUCAUUUCUAUGCUAGUGUAAAUCUCAAUGUUGAAUGUUAAGUUAUAACAAUGAGCUACAAACUUUAUAAAUUGCUUUUUAGUUAAUCAUAAAUAAAAUUAUAAAUAAAUGAAAUAAAACUAUCUUAGUACAUUCCUCUACUAAUCCAUAUUAUCUAAUAAUUUUUAGCUUCAGCAGAGAAAGAUAAUAAACUUUAGGCUACCAAAUCAAAUCAUGAAACUUUAUUUAUUUUGCCUAAUAAAUCAAAUAAUUUAGAAGUAAUUGAUACAAAAUAGAAAUUUUCCGAAUCUGUCAUGAAAUGUAAUGUUUAUUUAGUUUCACUAGGCUUAGAAAUACAUAACAAGCACUUUAUGGAGUUCCUCAACAUUUCAUUUGAUAAAAUUUAGCUUGUAACGGAAUAAUAAAAAAAAUUAGAUUACGUACUGAGCUUAAAUAGACAUCUAACUAAUCAAGAUAUCUCUAUUUAUAGUGAAAUUAAAAAUGAAUAGACAUCAUUAAAUAUUAUCAAUAUCCUUGAUAUUAAUACUAAUAUAGAAUCUCAAACACAAAGAGAUAUGAAAUCACCUAUGAAUUUAAUUUGUAACAUUACUUCUCCAACAAAUAUUAUUACUAGCUUGAAUGAUUUAGACCAAGAUAAAGAAAAUUUUCUGAAAAGACAAAUUAAUUAAACUAUUGAAGGAAGUGGCAUGCAAAAUUUGAGUGCUUUAAAUGAUAUUUUUAAUUUGCUUAGAAGGAAUAGUCCUGAGUCAAAAUAUAACAGCACUAAUGCAACAAAUUAAAACCAUAUUCCUAAUUAAAAUCUGUAAUCUUUAAAUGAAAAUUCAUUUUAAAUUGUUUUAGAAUCAGAAAGAAGCAAAUUAAAUCACACUUUUUAGCAAUCUUAUGUCAAAUCUUAUAGCUCUGAUUAAGUCUAAUCAUCUUAGUAAUUACUAUAAUUACUUUAACCGACAUGCUUGAGCCAUCAUACUUCAAGUACAACUAUUAGGAGUAGUUAAGAAAGCGCUUAGUAAAUACAAAAUAUUAUUUAAAAUGCUUUGACAGAUUAGAAUGGAACUUUUGCCUAAAUUUGUAACUAAGCAUUAAGAAUUUAGGAUAAGAUAAGUGAUAACAAUAAACCUAAGAGCUUCUAAUAAUUAAGUUACAACUCUCUAUCAACUAUUAAAGAGAGUGAAUUAAAGUCUAAUUUAGAUAGCAAAGUUAUUUCUGAAUUGUAGGAUAAUAAACUAUCAACUACGACUGGCAUUAACUCGAAAUAAGCAAAACAAAAGUAUGCUCUUAAUAAAUUUAGCUAAAAAAAUAAUGGCCUUUUUGGAGUAUAGAUAAUUAUCUUUUUAGAAUAUUUAUUGCUUUUUAUUAUAGGAAUGAUUGUAUUUAGUGAUUUUAUAGAUAUUUUGAAUCAUUUAUAUAUUGGUAAAGAUAGUUUUUUGUACAUAAACUGGAUGAGCAGUUUUAAUAAUAUUGUUAGCACUUCAAAUACUGAUUUAUCUGCUCAAUAACUCCUUAAACUCAAUUUUUAUGAAUUUUAAAACUUAGAUUAAUCAGUUGAAUUUAAUAAGUUUUUGAGCAAUGAGUUGAUGUAAUCUUCUUAAAGAAUGAAUUAGCUAAUAUAGGAAAUACACCAACCUAAUAGCUAAGAUUUAAUAACAUUUUAAAAAAUAAUUGAUAAGCCAACAUAACAAUAACUUUAUUCAACUAUUAAUAAAAAAUAAUUACUUAUAGAUAGCACUUUUAUUUAUUAGUAAGUAACUUAAUCUGCUUAUUUACACAUUGAAGCUAAUAAUUUGGAUUAAAAUAAAGCUGCUUAAAUAAAUGCUUAGCUGAACUUUUAAACCUUAAAUUCAUUAAUUUAUAAAAUCACUAUGAGCAUUGAUUCUGAUUUUAGAAACAAUUCUCAAUAAUAACAAAAUUUAUCACUUAGUAGACUCAUAAUAUUUGCAUCAGUCAGUCUAAUUAUUGCAAUUAGCUUUUAUCCUUGCCACAAGUAUAUCAUAAACAAAGAAUAGUAGAUUUUAAUGCUUUUUUCAACUUUUGAUAAAGAUAUGAUUAAGUAAAUGCAUUCUAAUUUACAAUAUUGUGAGAAAAUUUUUAAGUAAUGUUCUGUUUCUAAGAGUAAAGACUUGCAUUUUGCAAGAAGCAAAUCUAUAAUUUAAAAUGAAGCAUCGCCUGUAAAGAAAAAAAAUAUAAGCACAACCACUCCUUUAACAUUUUCACCUUUUAAGGUUAUUUUCAUAAUUUUUUUAGCAUUCACGUUAUUGCAAUUAGAGCCUUUAACUCAAUAUAUAGUAUCAUCAUAGUUUUACGAGGUGUGUUCAUACAGGUAUUCUCUUACAGUGAGUUUUCUCAAUCUUUAAUCCAUAAUUAUAGAGAUACUCUAAGGCAAAUAGAAUAUUUUCUUAUCGAAGCUAUUUCCAAGUUAUUCUAUAUUAGAUUACUCUUAUUUUGAAGAUUUUGCUAAAAAUAGAUCAGUAUGGGCAGAAGAAGAUAUAGUGGACUUUUAAAAGCAGCUUGGAAAUAAGGAUCUAUUUUCAAAAUUUAGCAAAUCAGAAUAUAAUAAUUUCUUUUUUUAAGCUCUCGAAAGUAAUGGGUGCAAAGCCAUUAACGAAAGAUAAUAAUAUUGGGAAGAUAUUUAAUUUAACUAUUAGUAAUGCUUGUAAUCUAGUAAUGGAAUUCUUGAAAAAUAAUAGCUAGUAGUAUUUGCAAUAAAUUUUGAUAUAAAAGAUAUUAAUAACAUGGCAAUUGAUAUCAAUAUUUAUAGUCUUUAUAUUUGGCUUUCUGAAGUAUUUUGA